CCCCACGCUGUCGCCGCGACCCAUCCGUCUAAGGGGAUGAUCCUCACGCAGUGCGCCGUCUGCGCCACCGACCUUGGCUUGACCUUGGGCAAGAAAUGCGGCCGCUGCAGCACGCGCUACUGUGGGCCUGAAUGCCAGGUGCAGCACUGGGAACAGGGCGGCCACGACAAGCUCUGCAAACCAAUAAAAAAAGCUGGUGGUGCCGAGCAGUACAACGCGAAUAAGAAGUACGCGGAGGCCGUCACGGUCGCGGCCGAGAAAUGCGCGGACGACACCAAAGGCCAGACGUGCUACAUCUGCACGCAGGCCCUCCACUGGAAGACGAAGGAGGGUCUCGUGCGCGGGUGUGCGUGCCGCGGGACGGCGGGUUUUGCGCACGUGUCGUGCUUGGCGGAGGAGGCGAAGGUUUUGGUUGCGGAGGUCGAGGAGAACAAUUUGAGCGGCAAGGUGGGCAAUGAGAGGUGGGCGCGGUGGUACGCGUGCAGCCUGUGCGAGCAACGUUACCACGGCGUCGUGAAAUGCGCGCUCGGGUGGGCAUGCUGGAAGACGUACUUGGGGCGGCCGGAGGGGAACUCGUCUCGGCGAAGUGCGAUGACGCAGCUUGGGAACGGUUUAGCCAAUGCAGGACACCACGAGGACGAGUUAUCCGUGAGAGAGGCCGAGUUGGCUAUGGAGCGGCGACUUGACGCACCAGAAGAAGACGUCUUCGUCACGCAGAGCAAUCUUGCGAGCACAUAUCGAGAGCUUGGACUGAUCGAGAAGGCAACAGACAUGCUUCGAAAUGUAUACUCUGGGCGUGUGAGGCUCAAGGGCGAGGAAGACCAAGAGACUAUCAUAGCAGCCCUCAACUACGCAUCGAACCUUGGUCAGCUACGGCGCUUCGAAGAAGCCAAGUCACUGCUGCGCAAAAUUAUGCCCGUGGCGCGACGCAUUUUGGGAGAGACUCAUGAGAUCACGCUCAGAACGAGGAAAAUUUACGCGCAAGUGCUCUACAACGACCCCGGCGCCACGCUCGACGAUCUCCGCGAGACCGCGGCGACGCUCGAGGAGACGGGACGGAUCGCGCGGCGCGUGUUCGGCGACACGCAUCCGCUCACGGUGGAUAUUGAGGGCAGCCUGCAAACGGCACGAGCCGUGCUCUUCGCCCACAUCACCGCGCCGGCGUAA